GAGUCAUAUCUUUCAAUGCUAAGUCUUAACGCGUAGCUCUUGGUUGGAAGCUGUGGGUGGGCUCCACAGCACGAAAAUAGUCGUCCAAGCAAACGAACAAAAACUUUAGUGGCAUAGUAUUUGCUUAAAUACCUCUUUCCCGAACAUGAGAAGGUCAUCGCUCGCUUCCCUCAUUCGCAUUCUAAAAUCUUAGCUUGUAUCAGAUAGUUCCAGGACUUGUAUCCUCUUACGAUAUAAACAUGGAAAUGGGUCACGCACGUUACAACGCCAUGGACGCACAACGUUUCGACCCCCAUGGACGCACUAAUAUGAGACUUGCCUCGCGUUUCAAAACCCGCACUUCAGAUUCAACGCCAAUGAGGCAGGGCCCUUGCGUCAAGAGCGAGAAAACGAACGCGAGUGAUGUACGGCCGGACCACGAGGGGUCGUGCCCAUCCCCUACGGACACAUGCACUACACGCGCCACUUCCUCUACGCCUGACGACGUAUAUGACCCCGUCGACAUCGUUGUCACGCGUACCAUCAUCCGCCCUGAUUCCAAUCCCCGUGGUGGCCCUCGUAUGCUAUCUCGCCCACAGAUGGUGUUUAGGCGGAUGUUCUCGCGCUCGCCGUCUUCCACAAACACCUACUCUCCCUCUCAAUCUUCUUCGUCAUCUGUGUCACCGCGAUCCACCCCUCCUUCACGCUUCACGAGCCUGGUGCUCAGAGCGCUCAACUGUCUCAGCCCAUCCUUAGCUUUUGAUAGCGAUGUGGAUGAUAUGAAGGCGCACAGGACGGAGAGACCUCUGUUGCUGGUGAUGGUUAAGGAGACAAGGGAAAAGUACGAAGAUGAUCGGGCAUUUAAGGAGAUCGUCGGGAGUGUCUUUCCUGCUGCUGGUGUGAGGGGUGACGCUUGAGCUUGGUCUUUGCAUAGAGUGGGGUCAGAUGGUUAUGAAUGGUUUUUGCUGUAGCUCUGUAUUGCGUACAAUGAUUCCGUAUUACACUAACUACUUACAAUAUCUGGGGAAUGUCUGUACACUUUUAUUCACACGUAUUUUAUAGUAACUUGGUUGUCAUCUAUUUUAAUGUAUC